UUCUAGAGAUGACUCUUGUCAGAUCGUGUCUUGUCUUCUUAUUACUCUUAAGACAAUGCCUAAAUUUGAGUGCUUGUGGCAUGUAAGGACCUGCUAUUGUUCAUGAAAUAAUAAUAAUAAUUCAACAUGAUACAGAGCUGUGCAUAAUGAAAUUACUUUUCGCUCUUUAGAAAGCUUUAUACCCGAAAACAAGCUUGGUCAAGCUUACAAGGAUGACAUGUUGUAUUCACCCAGUUUUACACAAGCUGGUUCUUUCUUUCCAGAUUGGGGUUAUCAGUGUCUUGGAAACAAUCAGCAAUCAGAAGACGGUAUAGUUCAAACGAGAACACUUCUAUACUCAUACCUUUGUUUAGCUCACUGGCCAGCUUUUAUAAAAGAGGCCGUAAAUUAUAUUCGAGAUGUAUAUCCUAUCCAGACUUUUCAUACGAACAAUCAUGUGAGAGGGCUGAUAUCGUUUGUUUUUGCCAUCAUGUCACAUGGUAUAGCCGAUGUGAAAUGGCACAGCUUAAAAGGCUUAUCAGAUUACUUUAUGAUUGCCAUGGCGAACUCUGAUUUCCAUGGAAACGUUGAAGAGGCACAUACGGCUGCUGAUGCAGGUGCUGAAUUUACACUAAGACACUCGAGUAAGCUAUCUUACAUCAAUGAAACAUGGCAAGUGCCCGUCAAAGAUAUUAUCCAGAUUUACAAGCGACUUUAUGCUACUGAACCUUAUGCUGGUCGUCGAGUUCCACUUAAAUCGCACAUUCAGUAUUGUAUGACUGCAGCAUUUGCAGCAUCAAAAGUAGAUGUUGAAUUCGGUCAGUUUAUGUUUGGUUAUUAUGGAUCCAAAAGCCCAUUUUUAACAGAAGAACUGUAUGAUUAUUUUAAAGGAGGCAUUGAAGACUUAUCUGGAAGCGUAUCCGAUUGUUAUUCAGAGCUUAUUCAUGCUUUUGAAAAUGGUGCUACACACAGUUGGCCUGAUUAUUUGUGUUCAGACUAUUUUUAUGCAGAUAUAAUGAGCUCAAAUUCAAGAUGUGUCAACAGGUAUCCCAAGCCUAGGCUGGCUUCAGAAUCUAUCUAUCGUGAUUACAAUCCUGUUACUGGUGUUUUUACUAUCACUGUGAGAAAGAACGAGAAAACACUAGAACAAAAUGAAUCGCUAUUGCCUUUAACUACUGCUGUACCACCACAAGAUUAUGAAACAAACAACAAACAAACUCCAAUUAGUUUGCGCACAAAUAAACUAAACAACAAGUGUUUAUCCUUGGAUCAUGAAGAUUUGUUACAGAUUACACUUAGUAUGCCAAUGACUUCAGCUCGUGUUGGACACCAAAUUGUAUCUGGUGAUUUUAAUGGAAAUAAGAAAACUGAUAUGGCUAUUUCAGCUCCUUAUUAUGUUAAUCAAGAUACGCAUCUACAAUCCGGUGCUGUGUAUGUUCUAGACAGUGCUGUUAGCAUGAUACCAAGUCGCCAGUCUGAACCUCAUGUUGCUCAUGAUAUUCGAGACUUAUCACAAAUAGUGCUCGAAGGCAAUGUUCAUCAUGGUCGAUUUGGUUGGUCCAUGUUAUCUAUCGAUAUGAAUCAAGAUGGCAUUGACGAUUUAGCUGUUUCUACUCCAUUCAAAGAUGGUGGUGGCCGUAUUGACAUCUUUUUAGGUCAAGCCCAUCUCGGAUUAUCUCGGCAACCAGGAAUUCAAAUUCAGCUUCCAUUGUUCGACUUAAAAGGCACAGUGCUUGCUGCCAUCGACGUCGAUCAUGAUGGGCAUCAUGACUUGGUUGUUGGAUGCCCAUUAUGCUCUGUAUCAGGGCAACCCCAGGUGGGGGUUGUGCACGUAUUUAAGAGUUUCUGUAAGACUUGUACUACAUCAAUACUCACACAGCCUGACAUCAGCAUUCAGAAUCCUAACAAAUCACCCUAUGAUCGUUUUGGUGAGAGUAUCUUGAUUGUCAAGGACACACUUCUGAUUGGUGCUCCUGGAUACUCUACUGGCACUAAGCAAAGAGUAGGCAGAGUCUAUGCUUUUGAUAGUUAUCUACAAUUAAGAUGGACCAUCACAGGUUCCAAGGAAUUCCAGCAAUAUGGAAGAGUCCUUGCCACAGACGACAAUAAUGACAUAGUGGUUAUAUCUAGUCCAUCGGAGGAAACAGUGGUUGGGCUAAGAAAAUACUGGCAAGCAGGUGUGGUCAGACUUUAUAAAUGGGAGCGGUUGCAGCCACCGAGGGAAGAAGUCGCACCAGAUCUUGAUACAGAACGUGGUAUGAUGAGUAUGAUAAAAGGUCGCACAAAUGCAGGUCAUUUAGGUCAAUCACUAUCAGUGUUUAGCAAUGAGGAUGGAGGUGGUAUCUGGAUUGGUGAACCCAUGUCUGAGCAAGAGAAUGGAAGGAUCUAUCGUUGGUCUUUUGAUCAGGAUAUGGAAUGCAUAAAGAACAAUCAGGUCCUGUUAGUAAGUGUGCCUGAAGCGGACUAAGAACGUCCCAUUUACUUCAUACUUUAUAGGCUCGUUUUGGAUCUCAGAUCGGACCAUUAGGUACUGAUGCCGUUUGUAUUACAUCUCAACGAUAUGGUCAAAACGCACGAUAUUCUGGAGCUGUCACUCUGUUACAAAAAAAGAAAAAGUGAUUGGAAUAGCUUUCCUUUUAUGCAUGGUUGUCCUGAGGGUGUUUAAAAAAAAAUUUUUUUUUGCCCUGGACUGACUGCAUGACGCUGUCUAUAUGAUAUAUAAAAAGAAUCGCCCCCCCUUCACAUUUUAAAAUAAAUAUUUUUUUCUUCUCUUUA